AUGCUCAGCGCGGUCGCAGCCCGCAAGGCGCGUCUGCAGGGACCCGCGACAACCCAGCCUGUGGCUGUCAUCCCCACACCUACAUCACCCCCCGCACCCUCGCUAACGCCUGUCUCAGAGCCCAGAAUAGUACCCAAGCUGCAGUCAAAGCGGAAGGCCGCGGUGCAGGUAGAAAAGCCACCGAGCAAGAAGAAAAAGCACGCGCACACUGCAGAAAGCGACAGGCGCACGCGCUACUUCGAACAGCCGGACGUGUUCAAGCAGCAGGGCGACGCGAAUCUCGUCGACGAUGACCAUGCAGACGAAGACACUGAUACGUCUGGGGACGACAUGCCAGUCGAUGGCGCUCAGCUGAAUCCGCAGAUCAUUGGAACAGAUCAACGGAAAGGAGCAACGCGACGAAGGGCUUGGUCCCCCAGUGCACCGGAUUCAUCGGAUGACGAAGAGGACGGCGUCGUAGAGGGGAAUGCACUGCCUUCGCUUGUGCCAAUUCUUGCAGAGCAUCUACGCGCCGUGUCCCACGACGCUCCCUCGGUGCUCUCGACAUUCAAGCCUGCUUGGGAAGAGAACAUCUUCCGUCUUUCGCAAUCAGAAGUGCACGACCUCAGCCUGCCAUCAUACUCCGAACAGACGGGAACUCUACUUCUUUUGACCGCAGAGGAGACAGUCACGCUUCUCGGAACAUACUCGCUGACUGUCCUGCGAGGCUGCAUCUCCUUCGCUGGGGUCGUGCUCACACCAUCACGCGUCUCCCAUCGCGUAUUCGCCCCGCGUUCAUCUCCUCUGCCUGUGAUCAAAUGUUUGGCAUUGAAGGUACCUCUCAGAGAUUUAUCACUCCCUGCACGUCUCCGCACUACUGCGACUAGCAUGGACGCGGCUGUUUUGUUGCAAGAAUUGCAUACAGGCGUCCAAGGUUUGGGUGCUGUAUGCCGGACGUUCGACGGCGUGUUCUCUCCGUCACGUUCGCAGAGCAACGUCUCUGCGUUCGAUCUUAACCUCCGAGGUGUCCAUCUCGUGAGGCACUGCACGCAUGACAUAUCUGUGCUCGUCAUUCCUCCAUCAUGGGAAACGGCGAUGUCGCCGAUCCUCCAGCCAGCUGCACAGACGGACUAUUCACGGCGAGUAUAUCUUGUGAAGGGACCCCAGAAUUCUGGCAAGAGUGUGUUCGCAAGAACGCUGCUCAAUCGACUCCUGACGCUGUAUCGCAGGGUGGCAUUUCUUGAGUGUGAUCUCGGUCAAUCAGAGUUCGUUCCAGGAGGAAUGGUUGCUGUGAACGUCGUAGACAAACCUGUCUUUGGCCCACCGUUCACACAUCCAAGUAUCCCCCACUCGGCACACUACAUCGGUGCUGCCACCCCUCGCAACUCCCCCUCACACUACCUCGACUCUGUCCAGGCUCUUAUACAAACAUAUAAUGUCCACCUGCAGCACGCCGGACUUGUGGAUGACACUUCUCAAGGUGUGAGUUCCGACGAGGACCGCAUCGUAGACCUGAUACCUCUCGUUGUCAACACGAUGGGCUGGACGAAGGGGCUCGGCGCUGACUUAUCGAGGAGAGUCGAGGAGAUUACAGAUCCUUCUGACAUCUUCGAACUCGGGUGCCGAGUCCCUCAAAGGGUCUGGUCCUAUUCACCCAGUGAGAUCAGGACUUACCUCCUGGAACCUGUACCAUCGACUGUUCUCUCACAUCGUUAUACACCUGCCGAUAACCGAACGUUGUCCAUGCUUUCCUAUUUUUACGCCGUAUUUCCGGUGAAAUCGGAUGCCUCAGCUUUGCAAAAUUGCACUGCAAUGUCCUGGAGAACAUCGCUCCCUCUAUGCGCCCAGCCGCCGUACGAGGUUGACUGGAAGAGCGCGUUUGACAGGACUUUCCUCACCGGUGCAGGCACGGAGGAUGUGGUUCCGACGGAGAUACACCGUGUGCUCAAUGGCGCCAUUGUCGCUAUGGUGAGCUGCGAGCCAGACACCCUCGAUACCGAGACAGACGAUAUGACAGCGGCCUGGUCGACCUCCCCACCAUACAAACAAGACGCGGCCCCACCGACUCCUUUCGGAUCCUCCUGCGCCGGUCUCGCACUCGUGCGGUCACUAUCGCCUGUCCCUGCGUCUGUGUUACAUCUCCUGACGCCCUUGCCUCCGCACGCAUUGUCCCGCGUGCGUGUGUUGGUGAAGGGGGAGUUGGAGUUGCCGGUAUGGGGCAUGCUGGACUUCCGCGCAGGUGACGGCGGGGAGAUUGCCGGGGUCGAGAGCGGGAAGGUGCCGUAUCUGCGGUGGGGCAAAGGCGAGGGCACGGGUGGUGACAGGCGGCGGGUGCGUAGGAAUUUGAUGCGCCGUGGGCAGAUGUAG